UGUAUUUAAGUAAAUAUCAAAUCAUACCUGACCAACCCAACGGACAGCUGUUCACCGUUCCUUAAAUAACAGCCCAAUCCCCUUUCAGUCGCCAUUUUUAUUUUCUGGGUUUCUAUUCUUCACUGGAAUAAGAAUUGGAAGCAAAUGGAGGGGUUGUUUUCAUUGAGAGCAACGCCUAGGGUUUUGGUUCCGACCGUUUCGGCUCCAAAUCACAAACCCAAGUUCUCGAUUUCAGGGACUCGUAUGGAAGUGCAGAAAAGCAAGAAACUUUCUGUUGCCUGUGUUCGUGCUCAGCAGUCUGAAUCCAAGGAUGGAUCCGCCACGGUUUCCCCACUGAGUGAUUCACAGGAAAAUGCUCUCAAAAUUAAGGAGUGGGAAGUGGGGAGGUUCCAAGAUGAAAUAGCAGCUACCCAGGGUAUAAGAAUCAGGAGAAGACCACCAACUGGUCCACCAUUGCAUUAUGUGGGCCCUUUUGAGUUUCGGUUACAGAAUGAGGGUAACACUCCUCGUAACAUUUUGGAAGAAAUUGUAUGGAACAAGGACAAGGAAGUCUCACAGUUGAAAGAGAGAAAGCCUCUCGGUAUGCUGAAGAAAGCUCUUGAGAAUGCCCCUCCCAAUAGAGAUUUCAUUGCAGCUCUCAGGGCUUCCAAUCUCCGGACUGGGUUUCCUGGUUUAAUUGCUGAAGUGAAAAAGGCUUCUCCAAGCAGAGGAAUCCUGAGAGAGGAUUUUGAUCCGGUUGAAAUUGCCCGAGCCUAUGAGAAAGGUGGAGCAGCUUGUCUUAGUGUUUUGACUGAUGAGAAGUAUUUUAAGGGAAGCUUUGAAAAUCUGGAGUUGAUACGAAAUGCCGGAGUAAAGUGCCCUCUGCUGUGCAAAGAAUUUGUCGUAGAUGCAUGGCAAAUCUACUAUGCUCGAACCAAAGGGGCAGAUGCAAUUCUUCUAAUUGCUGCUGUUUUACCUGAUCUUGACAUCAGAUACAUGACUAAGAUUUGCAAGAUGCUUGGGUUGACAGCACUUGUUGAGGUACAUGAUGAGAGAGAAAUGGAUCGUGUUCUUGGAAUAGAAGGGAUUGAACUUAUUGGCAUCAACAACCGUAACCUUGCAACAUUUGAGGUUGAUAUUAGCAACACAAAGAAGCUUCUUGAAGGAGAACGUGGUGAAAUAAUCCGUCAAAAAGAUAUAAUUGUUGUCGGGGAGUCUGGGCUGUUUACUCCUGCAGAUGUUGCUUAUGUACAAGAAGCUGGUGUUAAAGCAAUUUUGGUCGGGGAAUCGAUUGUCAAACAGAAGGACCCCAGGAGUGGCAUAACUGGACUUUUCGGUAAAGAUAUCUCUGUAUGAGUUCAUGAGAGCCUCCUUCUUGUAACUGGCAGCAGAUGAAGUUAACUAGUAUCACAGCCAUAUGAUCCUCCUUCCCUUAACUCCUUUUCGAGUUUAUUAUACAGUAAGGUUUUGUGUCCAAACCUGCACUGGAGUGGAUCACUGUAUUCAAUAAAAUUCUUAAGCAUGAAGAUGUUGAGUGGAUAAUGAGGUUAAAUUAAGCUGUUUACACAUGGGUCUUGAAUGA